UGUGUUCGCCUGGACCCAGUAACUUGAAUUGGAGUCUGUAGAAACGUUCUGUUGAGUUCUAACCAGAAUCUCUUUGGAUACCAAGACUGAGCUGGUUAUUGAUCUGGGAAGAUGUUCCAGUUCCUUCUGGCUACCUAACAGAACACACUAUACCGACAACCAUUGAAAACCAGAAGAUCGAUUGUUCCAGUUAAGAACAUUGAGACAACGGUGGUCAGGCUGCUCACACAUGUACGAAACUGACUUCUCAGAAGACACAACUUCUAAGCAGCAGGACGAUCUACUUUAUGAUGGAGACUUCUCCCAAAUGAAGAGAUGCUGCAAUUAUGGUUUUACCUUAAAAACUGAUGUUCUUGGUAUUUCAAAUCAAGUGAUUUUAACAGUAGAGGACCCUCAAGAAAAGGCUACACAUAGAGAGAUUUGCCGCAAUGACGAUAUGACCAUGACUGUGGAUAAAAGAACUGAAAAUUGUAUCGACCAAAAACUUGGUAAAGAGAAACAGCUCAUCAUAAAUCUUCAUAUUCCAAUUAACAAAGGAAAUCCUUCAAAGUCAAACAUUUCUGAUAUUUCACUCCAUCAUCUUUCCAAAGAGGAAUUCACGAAGGGCAAAGGCAUUAGUGGUGAAACCCUCCCAGAGAUCUCUAACACUGACAGUUUUGAUGAUGCUUUUAUUAAAAACAUUACUUUGCAUUACGUCAGGAAUGCUUGGCCCAAAGAACAAACUCCAGGACUCACUGAUCAACUCAAUCCCAAAAAGGGUGAAGAAAGCAUUAAUAAAACUUGUCACGCAACCAUGACAGAAGAAAAUAUUUGUAAGUUAGAAGAGCCAGUGGCUAUUGGUGAUAGCAGUCAUCAAGAAAAUCCAAAUUUUCUAACUAAAAUCAAAAGUUCAAGUGACAAACAAAAAGGGUGUCAAGAACAGUCACCCCAGAAACAGUAUACAGAGAAUGCAACUUUGGACAGUGGGUUCAAACAUGGCCAAGGCCAAGUUCACUGCCAGUUUUCUGGUUUCUCCAAGGUUGCCCCCAAAAUGAAUUUCCCUAAACAUGAUGUAAGUGAGAGACCACUUACACUAGAUAAACAAACCAGCUCGUCCCCUAAACUGAGAGAUAAGCCGGCUAUUCUGCAAGAUAUGUUAGAAGCUCUGUCUAGGUCAAAUUUUGUUGAAAAACAAGAGCAGAAAAGGAAAACUACUCAACUGUUACAACAGACACAGAUGGGGCCGAUGACACACAUCCAUCAAGAACAUAAUGCAGGAAUAGAAGUGGAAACAAGUGUCUUUAAGUUGUCCUCUACCUCUCAGAAAAACCCUUCCCUAAGUUCGUCUUACAUCUUACAAAAGCUAUCCCGAGGGAACCAAAUGUGUCAGAUGUUAAGAGAACAGACGGAUCAACUGAAGAAUAAAGUACAAGAAUUUGCCAAAAGCAUAGGACAGGAAUCUCCUUAUCAUUUGCAAGACAGGAGGCUGGUCCUGGAGAAACUUCAGGGACAUCUGGAAUUUCUGGAACAGGAGUUUCUGGCCACAAAGGAGAAGCACCUGACUUCACAACAGCAAGUCUACAAGCAUGACGCCCCAGCUUUCAGUGACUUUGAUCCAGAAAGGCAGCAAAGCAUGGAGGAAAAAGGCCACAGAAGCAGCAACUGUGGAAGGUCUCUCAUUGCCAUGCAAGAGAGGGCACUGCACCCGGCUUCCGUUCUCACUAAGGAAAUGGAGGCCUCUGGUGGUAAGGCUGCAAUCAAGAUCAAUCAUGUGAAAGCCCGACUGGACUGGACAAUCUCCUUCCAAGGUUCUGAUAUGGGACACAGCUGCCAUUCUGCUUCUGGCCCUGGACUGCAGAGCAACACACAUGAGGACUGUGGCAUGAAGGUUCCUUGUGCCGGGAAAGUCUGCGACAGAGAACCAUCUCAUGAAUUUGUUUAUAGAUACAACACCCCAGAACACAAUUAUUCAAAUCACAGUGAAAGAUGUGCCUUUGUCCAGCUCUGCUUUUUAAAUGAAAAUAAAAACUCUUCACGGUCUUAUUCAAAACCAAAGUGCAUCUGUUCCUGGAGAGUCAAUUCAAAAUCCUCUCAAGAUGAGUAUCCCAUACCAGGAAAAAAAAAUCUUAAGGCUUUCAUGGCCUACAGUUCAGAUCUUGCUGCAUCUUCACCCCAUUUCCAUUCUGGCAGGAUUUCUGGAGGCAAAUCCUUAUGCAGCGUUAGCAGUACUGAAGAAAUGGAAUCUGAGAUUUUAAACACAUCUUUGGAUCAUGCCCUCAGGACUGCAACCACUUUGAAAGAAACUACUGAUCAAAUGAUUAAAACUAUUGCAGAAGAUCUUGCCAAAGUGAAGAGAUGGAGGAAUCGACUAAAUACCAGAUUGACAUAAGGCAACCAAGAAUAAAAAAAAGAAAAACAACUUAAUCUUACCCCAAAGGUAUUUUACUUAUUAUACUAUUUAGAAAGACAACUUCCUAGGGAAAACACCAAAACUGUAAGAAAUAGGGGACAAACUGCUUAAAUGUAAAACAAGUGGGCCUCUAAUUCUUAAAAUCAAAAUCAACCUAAGUGUUUAAUUUGAAAUAAAUCGAUGGUGUUUACAACUCUUAAUAAAAGAAAU